GAGAGAGAGAGAGAUUUCGAGCAUGGCCACAGGCAAAACCCAAACAGAGGCGACAUGGGCAGAAUUGCUUGGAAACAAGCAGUGGGAAGGACUACUUGACCCAUUAGACCUCAAUCUGCGGAAACUGAUCCUCCGCUGUGGAGACUUCUGCCAGGCCACCUACGAUGCCUUCAACAGCGACGAGCACUCCAAGUAUUGCGGCAGCAGCCGCUACGGCAAACACUCCUUCUUCCACAAAGUGUCACUCCCCAAUGCCUCCAACUACGAAGUCGCUGCCUUCCUCUACGCCACCUCUCGCAUUGAUGUCCCCAAAUCCCAAUCCUUCUUCCUCCACUCCCUCUCUCGGGAAGCUUGGGAUCGUGAGUCCAAUUGGAUCGGUUACAUUGCUGUCACCAACGACCAUGUGAGCCGUGUGAACGCACGACGUGAAAUCUACAUCAUAUGGCGUGGAACCAUCCGUAACCUUGAGUGGAUUGAUGUCUUGGAAGCUCCGCUCGCGUCCAUCACACAAUUAUUAAACUCGUCGUCAAAACAACAAGAGACUCAAUUGCAACAGCAACAACAGCACCACUGGUACGAUGCUCUAUUCAAUAACAUUAACAAGGACACUGAUGGAAACAACAGCAACGAUAACGAUAAUGAUGAUGAUGACAACAUACCCAAGGUAAUGAAGGGCUGGCUAACCAUCUACACCUCCGACGACCCAAAAUCCCCCUUCACCAAAACCAGCGCUAGAACUCAACUCCUCACCAAGAUCAAACAACUAGUCACUCGUUACAAAGACGAGGAUAUCAGCAUAACGUUUGUAGGCCACAGCCUUGGUGCAUCCCUAUCCAUCCUUAGUGCCUUCGACAUCGUCGAAAAUGGGUUAUCCACAAUUCCUGUUUCAGCCUUUGUUUUUGGUUCCCCUCAAGUAGGUAACAAGGCAUUCAACGACAGGCUCAAGGCAUUCACAAAUCUUCGAAUCUUGCACAUUAAGAACAUUAUUGAUGUCAUACCACAAUACCCAAGUAAGUUUCUGGGUUAUUCCUAUACUGGUAUUGAGCUUCUGAUUGAUACUCGGAAAUCGACUAGCUUGAAGGAUUCCAAGAAUCCUAGUGAUUGGCACAAUCUUCAGGCAAUGUUGCAUGUAGUUGCAGGUUGGAAUGGGAAGGAUGGAGAUUUUGAGCUCAAGGUGAAGAGAAGUGUUGCUUUGGUUAACAAAUCAUGUGAUUUCCUAAAGGAUGAGUGCUUGGUUCCUGCAUCAUGGUGGGUUGAGAAGAAUAAAGGAAUGGUGCUUAGUGAGGAUGGGGAGUGGAUGUUGUCCCCACCAGAUGAAGAGGACAUUCCUGUCCCUGAAUAUUGAAGGAAAUCACAUGGUUUGAUCA